CCGUAUGGACACGUGCAGGUUAUGCAACACUGGCGCAGAGAGGUAAACACAACAACGCAAUAUUUCGUCGGAAUUUCACCUGGUUCUUGUUGUUACCAGUCCUGCCGCGCAAUAAGCCUAUCCCAUUGGUGCCAAAAUAGGCGCAGAUAAUGCCCAAGUCAAAAUAAAAUCGAGUGCGAUGCGAUAAUCCGGGAAUUCGGGCGGCAAACGGGAACUGCGUGUCAAGUGGAAAAUAUGUAAAUCGGAGGGUGGCGGGUCGACAAAAAAAAAAACAAAAACACGAAACCGAAAAGCAGCAACAACAAAAGUGAGUGAAAGAAAGGUGCGAGAAAUUCACCUGCCCCCGUGAGCCGAUUAAUUGAUGACGUGGACGUGGACGAAGGACGCAGGGCCCACAGGAUAUAUACAUAUUUUUGCAGUGCACAUGCAUGUUGCACACACGCAUGUACUCACAUCUAUUCAGAAAACCAGUUGUUAUUGUUGUUGCUGCAAAUGAGAAGUGCAAGUGAAGCAGCAACAGAAAUCCUGCUCUUAAAAGUACAAAGCGAAGAAAAGGAGAAAAUAUAUAAGCGGAAAAAGGGCCAAGAAGGUGCGACAACGACAAAAAGUUGUUUGUCAACUUGUUGCCAAUGUUGCAGCCACAAACUGGCUGGCUGUACAAACAGCAGCAGCAGCAGCAACAAAAACCCUGCAUUCUGCAUCGGGCAAAACCAGGCGAAAGUCCCAGGCCAUCAGCAGGAUAAUAAGGAGCUUAAAAACGGAGCAGGUGGAAAAAGGCCCAAACUUGCCAUUUGGAUGAGCUUGUCAGCGCUAACGUUUUGUGGCCGUUUUCAAAUAUUGGUUCUUAUUUCUGUCAAAGCUCAACAAUUGCGGCCUAGAAACAGUUGGAAAAUAAAUGAAUCUAUUUGGUAAGGUAUAUAGGACAUAAGGGGUCACGAACGGACCCUAGAUUUCUCGCGCAUUCUGUAAAAAACUUGGACUUAUUAGAACUGGCAGAACAUCAUAAAACACGUCGCGGGAUUAUAACUAAUCGUUAAAAGCACUUUAUCCAUUAAAAAGAACGAGGCAACUAGUUUUGGUAUUGCAUUUCGAGGUCUUUAGGUCCUGCACGUUAUUGCAACCAUGUCCACGAUUACUAGAAGCGCCAGUGCUAGUCCCAUGGCGCUCAAUGGCGUUAUCGAUGCCAGCCUGUUCCCUCUGAAGUCCACGGCCGAUGUGGUAAAUCUGUUUCGUCGCGCCCUAACCUCUGGAAUCGAGCCCGACCUCACCCUGCUCUCUAUUGUGGUUGGCUACAUCGAGCUGUCUUUGACGACUGGAGAGGCUGCUGCGCAGGCCGCUCAAGCAGCCGCUGCCGCUGCCGCUGCCGCAGCAGGGGACAUCAGUCAAGCGGCGACAGGCGGAACCGACGUCAUAAUGGGCGUCCCCUUUCCGGUAGUGACUCAUGAGCUGAUCGCUGGGCUGUAAAAGUUCCAGACGAUCCUGUCGGUGGUGGAGAAGCCAAAGCCCCACCGCCAGGCCACCCGCGAGGUGAUCAAGAAAGUAUCUGACGUGAUCUGGAACUCGCUAAUCCGCAGCAGCUACAAGGAUCGGGCACAUCUGCAGAACCUCUACAGCUAUCUGUUCGGAAACAAAUUGGACUGUUUCGGCGUAGCCCUAGCAGUGGUUGCGGGUUGCCAGUUGCUCGGCUACAAAGACGUAAGAUUGGCCAUCUCAGAAGAUCAUGCCUGGGUGGUAUUUGGCCAGAAGCGGGUGGAGACCAUCGAGGUGACAUGGCACGGCAAGGGCAGCGAGGAUAAGCGGGGGCAGGACAUUCGCCCGGGAAUUGAGUCCGGAUCGUGGCUAUAUUUAGGUGGCCUGGCGGUGAUUUGCGAGCGUGGUAUGGAAGUGGCGGCCAUCUGUGCGGCUCUUAACAUCUCGUUGACCUCGAACAGCGACUGCGUGGAGGUGGCCGAGCUCCAGCAACAACUGCUGUGGUUGCUGUAUGACUUGGGACACCUGAAGCGCUAUCCGAUGGCUCUGGGUACUCUUGGUGAGCUGGAAGAGAUCCAUCGAACGCAUUCGAGCAUCAGUUGCGAGCAGCUUUACCGCGAAGCCAUAGAGUCGGCGAGGACUCACUACCGGAACCAUCACGUGUACCCGUAUACCUACCAGGGGAACUACUACAACCGAUUGCUUAAGUACAGGGACGCUUUUGCCGCAUGGGCAAAUGCGGCGGAUGUGAUCCGUUUGUACACGUACCAGUGCCGGGAUGACGAGGAGAUCUACAAAGAGCUUCUGGACAUUGCGAACGAGCUGAUACCCUAUGUGAUGAAAACCGAGAGUUCGGGCCACUCGGCGAGAAGUAUUCUUCGAGACUCCGAGGUCUUCGCAAAUCUACUGCGCUUCUACGACGGCAUCUGCCAAUGGGAGGAGGACAGCUUAACGCCCAUCCUGCAUAUUGGUUGGGCCAAACCGCUGGUGAAUAAUAUCACCAAGUUUGACUAUGACAUACGAUCCCAGGUGGUCAUUAAAUUGCCAGAGGAUCUGGAGGCGGAACAAGCAAAGGCGGAGCAGGCCCGCGGUGAACAGGAAGCUAGGGAAGCUAAGGACUCUAAGGAAGCUACGGGAUCUGAGGCUUUGGAGGGAAAUAACAAUACGCUGCUGAAAAAGGAAGAGAAAUCAAAAAACUCGGAGCUACCAACAACUUUGGCCGACUUAACUGCAGCGUGCGGCGAGAAGAUUCUGAAUCCAGACUUCCUGCUCCAGGGCGGAGGUCAACCCUUUGCCGAUCAGAAGCAACAACCUUCUGUCGGGGAAUCCGAUGUCCCAGAGCUCAGUAAUAACAACAAUAAUACCAACAGCAGUAACAACAACCAUAGUUCCGAUAAAAAGGAGGCUCCAGUUAGCACAACAAGAGCAAGCAAUGGCAGUGUAACCUUAGUCCAGUUGCCUGUUUCUAGCGAGGCCAGUAACACUGGCCAAGCACAAUCCAUUCAUCAACCACUUACCCAACUGGGGAAACCACAGCACAAAGAAGCUAAAAAUGAGGAUGCAAGUGACGAUUAUGACCCCUUCGAGAUAAUGCUUAAAAGGCCAGUAAUCACUUUGUACAGCCAGAAGAUGAAGGGUCUGAAGGAUCUUUUGCUGGCCGAAAAGCUCAACACUCAUGCGAUUUCUCUUCAAGUCACCGCCCAGUCGGUGGCCUCCCGAAAAGUUCGAGGGGUGGAAAAGCAAUCGGCCACAAUUUCAGCCACCAUAACAGCAAUUUCGUCGAGUUCUGGGGACGGGGCUCAUAGUGGAGUCACUGGUGGAGGUGGCAGUGGCUCUGGAGGUAGUGGAGGAGCAUCCAUGGCAUUAUCGUCGCCAGGAGGAGAUUCGAUUGCCGCCUCACGUCCAAAGAGAACUCGUCGCGAGUAAUUCUCGUUGUUGUGUAAUACGUAUUGAAACAUUUUUAUUAGUCAUGUGUGCAAAUUGAGGUGGCUCAAUUUUUUUUUGGGAACAGUUAUAGAACCGGAUGUAGUUUGUUGGCAGCUUUGUUUGACAAGCGUGUUCUUAGGCACAUUAAAGCUUAAACAUUUUUUAGGAAUACCACCAUUUUAAAAGCUGAAAACGAAAAGUACUACAUGGUUAAGGUCUAUGUACCCAUGAACGAAAUUUCGUAAACUAUAAAAUACUUUUCGGCAGUUUUCCGCCAAAAAAACUUCGAGCCACCCCAGUAUCCGUGCAUAUAAAUAUAUAUAUGCUAUCAUAUUUUUGAUGUUCGAUGUGUAUUUAUGUAGUUCGUAAGCGCGAGACGAAACAAAAAUGUAAGCCGUUAGAGAACGCCUAGCGUUUUAAAAGUAAAUAUAAACAGUGAAACACACACAGACAUGUCCCAACAACGCUAAGCUAUGCUAAGUAUUUAUAACAUAUUUUUAGCUGUUAUACUUUUUCUCAAUGUAUUUAUUGUUAGAACUAUGUAUUUCCCCUCCAGCAUGUUUGAAUUUUUUUUUUAAAUUAUUGUUUAAGCGUAACUUAUUUGGUGCUCUUUUUUAAAAUCGAAAGCAGAAAAUCGGUUCUAUAUUUAAUUUCAAUCACUUUUAUAUAUAAACCUUAAACGUGACUGAAAUCAAAAAUGGUAACACAACUGCUUAUGUACUUGUAUUUACUUUAAAGCAUUUUAUUGAGGCUAAGCUGUUUGAUUUUAUUCUAUUUAAACAUAUAUCCUGAACUAUUUUGUAAGUCAAUAAUUUGUUACGAACUGUUGACUUAAAGCAACCAAACAGUUGGCAAACCCGAAUAGAAAACAAAAGAAUACAUAUUUAACACUUCCUCUAUAUGUGAUACAACACUUUUUCUAGAAAAGCUUUCGUUUUAUCUUAUAAAACUAAAUAGAAUUAACCACUCUCCACACAAUCUAAACGAACACUACUCAAAUGGGCUGGCAGCAGCAGGACGUGCUCUUGUUUAGGGAUAGUCCAGUCCAGUAAGCACCCCGAACUCACGAAUGUCCUUACAACUUGUCACUCCAUUUAGCUACAGCAAUUAUGGACAAAAUCGGAGCUUGUAACAAAUUGUUAAAUGAUGAUAAUAAUUGCAUUGAAUUUAAUUUGAUCUGUGCGUAGAGCAUCUGUGAUGAAUAAUAACGUUAGAAGAGAGAGAGGAGAAGAAGAAUGGAGAGCCCGAGACAGCACACAAAACUGAUCAACAAUAUUACUAAUCAAAUGUAUGGUGUUUUAUUCCUCAUAUAUAACAUUCGCAGACUAAAAGCAAACAAAUGAAAUCAAAACAAACUAUUUAAUUAUGUAGAUUUGCAGUCCGCAACAACUAAAUGUUAAAUGUUGAACUACAGUUAUAUUUAAAUGUAAACUAGAUACUGAGACUAACAAAACAACAAAAGGAGUAUAUAUUUUGGCAUACCAAAUUUUUAACAUUAAGUGAACGAAUGUGAGAAUUCGAAUUGCGAAAUAUUUUUUUUAUUUUCACUACACUUCGGACAGCACGAAAUCCAACCCAAGAAAUAGAGAUACACUGAAAGUUCGCUAUCGCAAUAAAUCAAAACACAGCAACUCAGCAACAGAAACAAUAUGCAAACCUAUAAGAAUAUAAUAUAUAUAUUUAUUAAUGUUAAAGUAACGUACAUUUUUGCUCUAUUUGUUUAAAAUAGCCAACCAGCAGCAACAGUUAAAUUAAAUGUAGCUUAAAAUCCAAAUGCUCAAUAAUCCUUUUAGCUUGAAAGUCAAAUAGCCAACAGUGAAAAUGUUAUACAAAUCAUUAAAUGCAUAAAAAACCAA